AUUGAAUAUAAUCAUCCAUUUGAAGAAAUGCAUCAGUAUUGCAGAGCCUACUCUUCAAGAACGAUUGGACGAGACGAGAAGACGGCCUUUAUCUAAACCUGAUCCGUGAAAAAACAACGAUAUGAAUUUGGCUUUCGCCUUUUCAGUGCCAACUCCUGUGGUUCAAAGGAACUUUUGGAAUAAGAUGUUUCUUUCGGAUCCAAUGUUGAAAAGGAAUUGUUUCACUAAGAAAAUAUUUCAAAUUUCAGCCACUGUCUCCGCGAAUCCAUCACAGGAUGCUGUUCUGAAUUUGGAGAAUGUGAAGCACCGUGUGUUGAAUACUAUCCAAGAUACAAAACGUGGCCUUGCUACAAGUUCUCAGCAACGCUCUGACAUCGAGGAGGUCUUGGUUGAGUUGGAGAAAUAUGGGGCUGGCACAUCUAUUGACAUGCAGAAAUUGGAUGGGACAUGGCGACUGCAGUACACAUCUGCUUCCGAUGUCCUCAUACUUUUUGAAUCUGCUGAAAGGCUUCCAUUCCUUCAGGUUGGUCAAGUCUAUCAGAAAUUUGAAUGCCAAGAUCAAACUGACAGAGGUGUAGUUCGCAACAUUGUUAAGUGGAGUGUUUCAAACUUAUUAGAGGACCAAGAAGGUUGUACUCUGUGUGUGACUGCAAAAUUUUCCAUUGUUUCUCCACGCAACAUUUACCUUCAAUUUGAAGAGGCAGCGAUUCAGGACAUUAACAUAAGCCCGGAGUUGCAGGCAUUGUUGGCUCCAGCCAUACUUCCACGUUCUUUUCUCAAUCUGCAGAUCUUACAAUUUAUUCGCACUUUUAAAGCUCAAUUUCCUCUAACAAGUCAAACAAAUAGGCAAACAGUGGGUGGAUUAUAUUACUUGUCAUAUUUAGAUGGAAACAUGCUUUUGGGGAGAGCUGCUACUGGAGGAGUAUUUGUGUUCACAAGAUCUCAACCUAUUUUCUAGUCACAACCCAACUUUAUUAUCUUCUCAAAUAUAUGUACACAAAUAUGGAAAUAUUGAGACUAUUAUAAAAUGUAAUUUUAUCACUAUAUGUGUGGAUUAUAAUUAUAUUUUUGGAUUCAUUUGAUAUACAAAUUAUUUUUCAAGUUCCCUA